AUGGAGGACACAAUUAAGUCAACUCUACAAGAGGAAAUUAAAACAAAACAGCAGAAUACGGUCUACACAGAAAAGACAGAACAAGAAUUAGAAGACCUAAUCAAGAGGGUAGUGGAACACAGAAUCAAAUGGACACCCAGAAAUGGAGAAGUAAGGAUCGACAGGAUCCGUAAAGUAAAGGAUCAAAAAAUACUUAUCGGAUGCAGCAAUAGAGGGGAAAUUAAAAAAGAGGAGGAGAAACUAAAAAAAAGGCAAGAACAUCAAAUUGGAAGCGAUAAAAAACAAAGACCCGCUAGUCAUAAUAAAGGAGUAAAUUUUAAAAUGACAGACGACGAGAUCUUAGAUGCUAUAAUAAAGCAGAACUCUGAGAUCCUGACGAAAAAGAUAUCAGUAAAAGAUCAUUUCUAUUUAUUGGGCUAUGAGAGUGGUGUCAUGGUCGCCCUCGAAACUGCAGCUAUUUUAGAGGAAUAUGGAUUAUCCGGUACAGUAUACUUGAUAGGUACAUCUCCCGAUAAAUUUAAAUCAAUACUUAAAAAUGAAAUUAAAAAAUAUGAAACUGACGAUGAAUUGCAAAUAGCUGUUCUUAAGCACAUGUACAAACUGAUGUGUGGUGCGGAACUCAGUCUGGACAUUGACGAAACAUUGGAAUGGAAUGAACGAAUCGAGUCAUGUAUUAGAGAUUUACUUCCACGCGUUUCAUUGUCAGCACAGUACUCAAGGCUGAAUCUGAUGAUGCCUUACCAUCGUAUCAAGCAAGCAUUGCAGUACGAACCUCAGCCGCCACCUCUUAAAUCCAAAAUUGUAUUGCUCCUUCCGAACAGUUCUGGUAAUGAUGCAGCUUGUGAAGAGCUACAGAAGUACAGCAAACAGCCGCUUGUUGUUCACAAUCUAACUCUUCCUCUUGCUCAAGCGCUGCAGGAUUUGCGUUGCGCUACCUACAUCAAUCAACAUUUAGACGACGCUGUUCUAGAGGAGUACAAUACGAAGAAUCAUUGCGAAACCUACCUUCUGUGCGCAGACACGUUUAUAAGAUAUAAUUCUCAAGAUAUUGAGUGA